CUGGGAGAUAAGAAACGAAAUGACAGCAAGGGCCACAGUAGUAGACCUCCCCGUUCACAAGUUAACGAGACUCCGGGCCGAGCAGAACUUCACGGUCGAGAACAAACCAAAAAACGAAAAAUAAUAAUAAAAUACAAGUGAAAACGGCUGUCAAAAUAAACACCAAUCGUAGGCCAAAUAUUUGCCGAGCAAUUAAAAGUAUCCACGGCGCGUGUGUCUCGGCAGUGCGGCAGUGCUCCAUCGAGCGUAAACUAUCCAAAACUUUCCGCGAAACGAUAUUAAGCUUCGAAUAGGCAAAAUGUCUGAAUUUCUAAGGGAACAUGGCGAAUACGUCUGGGUUAAGCCGCAGAACACAAGCAGCGAGUUCGCUGUGCCAUUCGGAGCUCGAAUUGUGCGCACAGAAAAGACCCAAACUCUGAUCUGCGAUGAUUCCAAGAAACAGUUCUGGGUGCCGGCGGGCGAUGUGCUCAAGGCCAUGCACGUGACUUCCCACGCGGACGUGGAGGAUAUGAUCACACUCGGCGAUCUGCAGGAGUACACGAUCCUGCGCAACCUGCAGACGCGCUACGACAAAAAGUUCAUCUAUACAUACACGGGCUCUAUGCUGGUGGCCAUCAAUCCCUAUCAGAUACUGCCCAUCUACACGCAUCGCGAGAUCCAGUUGUAUCGGAAUAAGAAGUUGAGUGAUCUGCCGCCGCACAUCUUUGCCAUUAGCGACAAUGCGUUCCAGCGCCUGCAGCGGCUGAAGGAGGAUCAAUGCGUCGUGAUCAGCGGGGAGUCGGGGGCGGGCAAGACCGAGAGCACGAAGCUGAUACUGCAGUACCUGGCUGCCAUAAGUGGCAAGCACUCCUGGAUCGAGCAGCAGAUCAUUGAGGCGAACCCAGUCAUGGAGGCCUUCGGCAAUGCGAAGACCGUGCGCAACGACAACUCCUCGCGUUUCGGCAAGUACAUUGACAUUCGCUUCACGCCCGAAGGCACCAUACAGGGUGCUCGCAUACAGCAGUACUUGCUGGAAAAGUCCCGCAUCGUGUUUCAGAGUCGCGACGAGCGCAACUAUCACAUCUUUUACUGCAUGCUGGCCGGGUUGACUGCGGCAGAGCGGGAGAGGCUGCAGCUGCAGGAGCAGUCGCCCAGCCAGUACCACUAUUUGGCACAGGGCGGCUGCUUUGCGCUGCCUGGCAAGCAGGACGAGAAGGACUUUGCCGACAUACGGGCUGCCAUGAAGGUGCUAUCGUUCAAGCCGGAGGAGCUCUGGAGCAUACUCAGCCUGCUCGCUGCCAUACUUCAUUUUGGAAACUUGCGCUUCAAGGCGACUGAGGUGGCCAACCUGGAGGCCGCCGAGGUGGACGAUCCAACGAACUUGCGGCGCAUAGCUCAGCUCUUGGGCCUGCCAGAAGCGCCUCUCACUGCGGCCCUCACGCAACGGACAAUCUUCGUGCAUGGCGAGCACGUGGUGACUAGCCUGUCCAAAGAGGCCGCCCUGGAGGGACGCGAUGCCUUCGUCAAGGCGCUUUACGACGGCAUUUUCGUGCGGAUUGUGAAGCGCAUCAAUGAAACGAUCAACAAGCAGCCGGAGCAACCAGUGAACAGCAUCGGAGUGCUGGACAUCUUCGGCUUCGAGAACUUCGACAACAACAGCUUUGAGCAGCUGUGCAUCAACUAUGCCAAUGAGAACUUGCAGCAGUUCUUUGUCGGUCACAUUUUCAAGAUGGAGCAGGCGGAGUACCAGCUGGAGCAUAUCAACUGGCAGCACAUCGAGUUCCAGGACAAUCAGGACAUACUCGACCUUAUUGGCAUGAAGCCAGUGAAUAUUAUGUCGCUCAUCGACGAGGAGUCCAAGUUUCCCAAGGGCACGGACCAGACGCUGCUGGAAAAGCUGCACGUGCAGCACGGCAAUCGCUCCAUAUACGUCAAAGGCAAGACGACCCAAGCCUCGCUCUUCGGCAUUCGGCACUACGCUGGCGUCGUCAUGUACAAUCCACUGGGCUUCCUCGAAAAGAAUCGCGAUUCGUUUAGCAGUGACCUGCGUAACCUCGUACAGCGCUCCAGCAAUAAGUAUCUGGUGGACAUCUGUCCGCAGGAGCUGCCCAUGGACACGGCCAAGAAACAACCCACUCUCUGCGUCAAGUUUCGCAACUCGCUGGACAUGCUAAUGCGCACCCUGUCGCAGGCCCAUCCCUACUUCAUACGCUGCAUCAAGCCCAACGAGUACAAGGAACCCAAUAACUUUGACAAGGAGCUGUGCGUCCGUCAGCUGCGUUACUCCGGUAUGAUGGAAACGGCGCGAAUUCGUCGGGCUGGCUAUCCCAUACGGCACGAGUACCGAGCCUUUGUGGAGCGUUACCGAUUGCUGGUGCCACGGACGGGUCCUCUGGACCAGUGCGACUGCCGCCUGCUGGCUCGCCAGAUUUGCGAGGCGGCGUUGCCGGCUGACUCGGAUCGUCAGUUCGGUCGCACGAAGCUCUUCCUGCGGGAUGAGGACGAUGCACUGCUGGAGGCGAAGCGGUCGCGGGUGAUGCUCAAGUACAUCGUCACCAUUCAGAGGGGCAUACGACGCGUGCUCUUCCGCCGCUACAUGGAGAAGUAUCGAAGGGCCAUAGUCACAGUGCAGCGCUAUUGGCGUGGCCGUGCUGAGAGGCGGAGGUUCUUGACCAUGCGACGUGGCUUCCACAGACUGGGCGCUUGCCUCGCGGCCCAGCGGCUGACCACACAGUUUACAAUGGUGCGCAGUCGCACGAUAAAGCUACAGGCCCUGAGCCGCGGCUAUCUGGCUAGGCAGCGCUUCGCCCUCCAGCUACAGGCCAAGCGGGCGAAGCAGAGGGAAUCGCAGCAGCAGUUGAAGCUACUGAGAGAGCAAGAGCAGCUACGGCUAAAGAAGCUGGAGCAGCAGCGCCUCAUGCAGCAGCAGGCAGAAGCCGAGCAGCGGCUGAAAGAUAAGAAGGCAGAGGAGCAGCGUCUCCAGGAGCAGAUCGCUGCCCGCAAUGCUGCAGCCAUGGCUGCAGUGCAUCAGCCUAGGCGCACAAAAUCACUGAAGCGAACAGAGCAGCCGCAGGUGAGGGUGAAUGUGAUGCCUGCACCCACAUUGCAGGCGCGCAUGUCAUUGCCGCCGCCCCCUCCGAAUGUGACAGUUGCGCCAAUCGGUGCCAAAAUGAAUGGCAAUGCUCUGGACAGCCCCGGGUACAUCGACGUGGAGUCAUCUAAGCAGAUUGUAGACGACGUGUUCGGCUUCCUGAAUGACGAGCCCGACAUUAAUCUGAAAAAGACCAACAGCAUCAGCUCCGCUGGCACCAUUCGACUGCCCAAGCCAAUCCCUCGUAAUGUGGACACUUCCGACUUCAGCUUCUUAAAAUUUGCCUCCACGUACUUUAGCAGUGGUAUCACCUAUCAGCAUGAAAGGAAGCCGCUCAAGCAGGCCCUACUAAAACAUGAUCUGCCCCUUGAUCAAAUGGCUGCUAAGGCCAUCUGGAUAAUGAUUCUGCGCUUUAUGGGCGACCUGCCUGAGUCAGUUCCCAAUCAGAGCCAACUGUCUCUGCGUAGUCCACAGCUCAUGCAGGAAAUAGCGUCAAUCUUAGGCGCCAAGCCCCGGCGCUUUGUGCGACAAACUGUUAAGCGCCAGCCAAAAUCUUUUGGCAACACUAACGGCCAACGGGGAGCCGAAGAGUUCUAUCAGCUGUGGCUAAAUGCCGGCAGCAGUCAUUUGGAUAAGAUUCAUUUCAUCAUCGGACACGGCAUCUUGAAAGAAGAGUUGAGGGAUGAAAUUCUAGCACAGAUAUGCAAGCAGCUUUAUCUAAAUCCAAGUCGCAGCUCGCUCUCCCGAGGCUGGCUGCUGCUGUCGCUGUGCCUGAGCUGCUUUCCACCCACAUUAAAUUUCGAGCCUAAUUUGCGCAGCUAUCUGAGAGUGGGCACUGCCAAGCUGCACGCAGGGCCAGCUCUGCAUAACCUGGAGCGCACCUUGGUCAAUGGAGCGCGCUCACAGCCUCCAUCGCUGCUCGAGCUACAGGCGAUCCGAAGCCGGCAGCCACUAAAGCUGGCCAUUUAUUUGACGGACGGCCAGGCGCGCAAGUUGCAGGUGGAUGCAGCCAGCACAGCUAGAGAGGCAGUGCAACAGCUAAGCGAUGGACUGGGGCUGACCGAUAGCUUUGGCUUCGGUCUAGUUUUGUCGUUAGAUGAGAAGCUGAUGCCACUGGGAGCUGGGCGUGAGCACAUCCUGGACGCCAUUUCCAGCUGCGAGCAAAGGCAGCUGGAUGCGCCCUGGAAGCUUUAUCUGCGCAAAGAGGUGUUCGGCGCCUGGUACGAUCCCACACUGGACCCCAAGGCCACGCAUCUCAUCUACAAGCAAAUUAUAGGCGGCUUAAAAUGCGGGGAGUAUCGCUGUCGCUCGGAGAAGGAUAUUGCCAUGAUCUGCGCCUUGGCCACCUACAUCGAGCAGGGAGCGGGACCCGUGGCCAGGCUGACGGACAGCCAACUGACGGCCUUUGUGCCUGGGGACUUGCUGGCCCCAGGUGAGCGUGCUGUCCACAAUUGGAGUCGACUAAUUGCUACCAUGUACGAGAGCAGCGCCUAUGUGAAGAAGGGCCAGGACCCGGAGUCGCAGCUGCGCGCUAAGGAGGACAUUUGUCUGUUUGGCCACCUAUCCUGGCCCAUGCGCCAUUCUCGCUUGUACGAGGUACAGCACGUGUCCGGCCCCAAACUGCAGAGCGAGGACCUAAUGUUAGCCAUCAAUGCAACAGGCGUCGCGCUUAUUGAUGAAACUGAGCAGGUGCUCGCAGCCUGCAGCUAUGCCGAAUUGAUCAGGGUUCAUUACCAGCCCAAUGAUCAAAUGCACGUGCUCACGGCGCAACAGGAGAACUUCGUGCUGCAGUCGAGCGAGGCUCGUGAUGUUGUCGAGCUCAUUGACUACAUGAUGCUGAAUUUGCAGCAGCGCUCCAGUUACGGCGUAGUCAUUCAAAGUCCUCAGCCAAACCAGCUGGAAGAUCAGCUAUCCAUAGUGCCCGGGGAUCUAAUUCAGUUUGAAGCUGGCGUCAUGGGUGCUCAACUAAUGGCAAACGAUCCGCAGUGCAUCUGGCGUGGAUGCUCGAAUGGCCAGUGGGGUCAAUUCGUAGCCGGAAAUGUGCGAGUCUUAGCCACGCUAGUGAAGCCCAGCUCACACCUACAGCAGAUAUUCAAGGAGCGAACAGCGAGCGGCUUGGUAGAGGAAUCCUCUUCAAUGAAGUCCACAAAUACUCCGCUUCGUCGCCAGCAUAGCUUGGCCAAGUUUGCAGACUUGCAGUUCAGGGAGCGCUUUGAAUCGGAAUUGUCGCCUUUGUGGAGAUAUUCCGCUGAGCCGCUUAAGUCGCCACUCCUUAGGUCUCUGCAUGCCAAGCCUCAUUUGUAUCAACAGGCGCUAGUCAUUCAUCAUCACAUACUGAAGUACAUGGGUGACAUUGCUCGUGGCGAUUUGCCAGUGAACACGGAUCUAAUCUUUCAGCCGGCACUGCAAGAUGCUUUGAUCUGCGAUGAAGUCUUCUGCCAACUGAUGAAACAGCUCACCGAAAAUCCCAAGGAGGUGAGUGAGCAGCGUGGCUGGGACCUGCUCUACUUAGCUACAGGGAUCAUGUCGCCGAGUGUCCUCAUAAUGCGUGAACUGGUUCUAUUCCUGCGCCUGCGGAACGAUUCAUUGGCCGAUGCGUGCCUCCGCCGGCUAAAGCGUUCUGUGCAGCAUGGCCAGCGCAAGCAGGCGCCGCAUCUAAUUGAGGUUGAGGGCAUUCAGCAGCGUUGCCUGCACAUUUACCAUAAGAUUUAUUUCCCGGACGAUACGGUAGAGGCAUUCGAAAUCGAGUCGCACACGCGAGGCGCUGCGCUCAUCAGUGCGAUAUCACAACGAUUGGAGCUGAAGUCCCAACUGGGAUUCAGCAUCUUUUUGAAGAUGGGCGAAAGGAUAUAUGCCAUGCCAGAGGCUGAGUUUGUCUUCGACUUUAUUACGGAGCUGAUGCAGUGUUUGCGCCAGCAGAAAACCAUUCGCUCCAGCUGCGAUGGCCACUACCAGUUGCAUUUCAUGCGCAAGCUGUGGAUUGACUGCCAACCGGGCAAAGAUCUCAAUGCGGAUUUGAUCUUCACCUACCCACAGGAGCUGCAUAAAUACCUAAAAGGCCACUAUGCCAUUCGACUCGAGGUGGCCCUCCAACUGGUUAGUCUAAUAUAUAGGGCGGAUCCGGACCACGACGAGGGAAUGCCGCUUCACGACCUUUUGCACCGCCUACUGCCUGAAGAUCUGCUGCCACUACACACUCUUGCCGAGUGGCAUCAACUGCUGGGGCCCAUCCUCAAGAGGGAUGCUGGCCUCGACGAGAAACAGGCAAAACUAAUGUUUCUGCAGGAGCUUGCCAAGCAACCCUGUUUCGGAUCUACGUUCUUCGUUGUCAAGCAGCUGAACGAUCAGUCGCUGCCCGAGCAUCUGUUGAUUGCCAUCAACAGCGGAGGCUUCCACCUGCUCGAUAUGAGUUCGAAACAUCUACUGCGCAGCCACAGCUAUUCGGAACUGGGCAUAUGGAGCUCAGGGAAAAAUCACUUUCACAUACGGUUCGGAAACAUGAUUGGCGCCGCGAAGCUGCUCUGCAGCACCACCCAAGGCUACAAGAUGGAUGACCUGCUGACAUCGUACAUGCGGUACUUUAAUGAUAAAUAAAUGGUAGCAAUA